GAAUACAAGGAAUGCGAGCCAAACAAUUUAUCUCAAGCGGCUCUUCAAGACUCCGAUUACGAGGCUGUAGAUCCGUGGGAGGCCGAUCGCAAAGAGGCAAUGCGGCAGCUAUAUCCAGAUUAUUUUGUUGCAGACGGAACGAACUCGAGAGUAACGUCCGAUUCGGCAAUCGUACCAAUUCGUAAACCAAAUUAUCGAAAGCCGAAAACCACUGCAAAAAAUUCAUUGCGUGAGAUUUUCAUUUUACCGUUUGCAAAACAAUAG